AUGACUAUCCAGUCUAUAAAACAACAGAUGAUAGAUAAUAAUACAACUGUAUGUGCUCUGUUCUGGAAUAAUCAGUUUCACGUGGUGUCGCAGCUACAUGGAACUUUGCUUCUGUUACAAAAUAAUGCAGAUCAGGUUGACAAGCCUAUUGUAUGGAAGCAUUUCAAUGAUGUUUUGGACAGCUCAUGGACACAAGGGAAUGACUAUGUCGCAAAAUCUGUGGAUUUUAAAGGCUGUCGGAGGUUCAUUAUUUGUCCUAAUAUGACUGGCUCAUCCGCGCUGGUAGCACUAUGCAAUGCCAUACUUCUAAGAGGCGAUGUGGACCUGAGUAAAAUACUCGAUUGUAACUUGAGUCUAAAUCUUGGCCAUCUUCAUCAAGUUGUUUUUGGGGCCUCCAAGGUUUAA